CCUUGAUGAGUCCUCAUUUACUUUUCUUAACAUUUUUUCAUUACUUUCAUUAACGUAUCCUAAAGUGCACUAACCCAUGCACCCAUGAAUGAAAGGUCAAUCUAUCCCACAAAUGAAAGUAUAUUCUCACUCGUAUGGAAGAAUCAUACUGAAACGAACGAAACUCGCGAAGAUUCUCAAAGAUGCAGCACCCAUACGAGGAAGUCAUAUUGCAUAUCGCUGCACGUGGUAAAGGAGUGAGGCAGGAUUACUAGGUACAAGACAGGUUUCUGGCUAUUCAGGGAAACAUCCCAGCGAAUGGGAAAGGGUGUAGAUUCUUUGCUAUCGACUUAUAAAACCUGUCAUGAUGCUAAACUCAAGACCUCAUUCGACUCGAAGUCGUUUAUAUUGGAAGAGAGAGAAAGCACUGCAAUUCCUCCAGGAAGCAAGAAAAUGGGUAUCUAGGUUAUUGCCACUUGCACCGAUCAGCUUUCGAUGUCAGGAGACAUCGUUUUGUGUGCAACUGCGGGGCUAAUUAUUUAUUUUUGCAUACUUCUUUAAUAACUUGCUUAGUAAUCAUAGUGCAUACUCCGGAUGCAAAAGACUGACUUCAUGGACUCCAUUGCUUUAUUAUAUGCUUUAUUUGUAUCACACCCUUUAUGUGUUGCCCGUUUAGUUCUACUAAGAAAAUGUAUUUUAUCGCCGUUUGAAGAAAACAGAAGAAUGAAUUAUGUACGGUAAGCCACCGUCAGAACCAUCAGAAUAACAUACUAUAUGAAGUGCUCUUACCCUGCUUAAAACAUAUGUUUUGACUGUUUAUUUGAAAUACAGACGGACAAUUCAUAAAUGGAGCAAUUAACGAACAAAGAAGUGUUAUUCAUUGUGAAACGUACAUACAUCUAUGGAACACGUAGCAUUUUGGUUAAGAGACGUAAGAGAUAAGACACCUGGCAUAUAUAAUACAUUGACAAAAGUAAAAACACGUCUCAGAAAGCGAUCCAGUACAAUGUGGUGCACUUUAAUUUCCUUGGUAUAUCUUUCAGUAUCGAUAGCGGGACAAUGUGUUAUCAACGUUAAAACGGAUCUGCCCUAUCCGGAACCAGUGUUUAUGCGUAAUAACAAUCUUUGGAUACCAAAUGAUGGAAAGCUGAUUUGGGGAAUGGCAGAAUCAAACUUAAUUAGCUGUCCUAGAUCUAGUGUGGCCAAUAGUACCACAGAAACAACUCUUUUAACUUGUGUCGCCGGAAACUUAUACAUUCUAAACGGCGAACUCGUCAACAUAUCGCAAGUUGUUUGCUCUCGGCCAGUUACGGGUGAUUACCAGCUUACUAAUAAGGCAUGUGGCAACAGCGGGACAAUUCGUAACAUCGGAUUCCAAAUUGAUGAGGUGCGAUUUGUAAAUCAUUUCGAUGUUUGUUACAACGCACAAACUGCUUCCGUUAUAUACACCAAACACAUAAUUCCUGGUGAUUCAAUCCUCGAUGCUAUAGUGGAGUCGUAUCGCCCUUCGUUUAAAGUUGCGGGAAUACCGAGUGGAACUGCGCCAGCUACUGCAUACACCAUAAAAUCCCAGCUAACACGAUUGACACAGUUGCUCGGAUCUUCUGAACAAGCUGCAAAAUUCGUUUCAAGUUUAUCAUACAUUGCUCGCGGGCACAUGACUCCAGACGCUGACGGCAUUUUCAGAACAUGGCAGUGGGAUACUUACUUCUACAUAAAUGUCGCUCCUCAGUGGCAAAAGGUUAAUGGUGGAAAUUGGUUAGCUAUUGAAAAGUUAGGGCGUACGAUUGCCGAUCAAAUGCAACAUGAUAUAAACGUUUAUACCGGAACAUACGAUGUGCUGACAUUGCCCCACGUUAACGGGACCAUGGUGCCGAUUACGCUUAGUGCAUCUGGAAUAGAAGUACCUAAAUGGACCUGGAAAAUCUUCAAAUCAUCGGUUACGAGCGCUGCUAUUGCAUUCGUGACUAGUAAUAAUCCUUAUCGUAUAUCUAUCAGUGAAAAUGAAUUCCUUUGCCCCGACAUUUGUAAGCAAACCGGUUGGUACACGCCGUCAUUCGAUAUUUUUUCAAAAGGUUUCACUUACUGCUGUUCGGUUAACUGUUUAAUCGCAACCGUAAAAUCUAUUCCCGAUGAAGCCAAUACAAUGAAUACCCUGGCAAACAAAUAA